GCGAACGAGGCGGGAGGCGGGGCCUGCGGCGCAGCCGAGGAGCCGCUGCCAUGGCGCUGAACCUGGACCGCGAGGCCUACUACCGCCGCAUCAAGCGUCUCUAUAGCAACUGGCAGAAAGGAGAAGAUGAAUAUGCCACCAUUGAUGCCAUUGUGGUCUCCGUCGGCGUGGACGAAGAGACUGUCUAUGCCAAGUCCACUGCCCUGCAGACGUGGCUUUUUGGCUAUGAACUCACGGACACCAUCAUGAUCUUCUGCGAGGACAAGAUUCUCUUCAUGGCUAGCAAGAAGAAGGUGGAGUUUCUGAAGCAGAUUGCAAACAGCAAGGGCAAUGAGAGCACCAAUGGGGUGCCAGCAAUCACAUUGCUUGUGCGGGAAAAGAAUGAAAGCAACAAGGCAAAUUUCGACAAGAUGAUCGAAGCACUGAAGGCCAGCAAGAACGGCAAGCGCAUUGGUAUCUUCAGCAAGGACAAGUUCCCCGGAGAAUUCAUGAACAGCUGGAACGACUGUCUCAACAAGGAAGGCUUCGAGAAGGUGGACAUCAGUGCCGUGGUGGCCUACACCAUUGCCGUGAAGGAGGAUGGGGAGCUUACCUUGAUGCGUAAAGCAGCUGUCAUUACUGCAGAGGUCUUCACCAAGUUCUUGAAGGAGCGGGUUAUGGAGAUUGUUGAUGUUGACGAGAAAGUACGGCACAGUAAGCUGGCAGAGUCAGUAGAAAAGGCCAUCGAGGAGAAGAAAUACCUCUCUGGGGCUGACCCCUCCACAGUGGAGAUGUGCUACCCCCCCAUCAUUCAGAGCGGAGGCCAUUACAAUCUCAAAUUCAGUGUUGUCAGUGAGAAGAACUACAUGCACUUCGGAGUGAUCACUUGCGCCAUGGGUAUCCGCUACAAAUCCUACUGCUCCAACCUGGUGCGCACACUCAUGGUGGACCCACCCCAGGAGAUGCAGGAGAACUAUGCCUUCCUGCUGCAGCUUCAGGAAGAGAUGCUCAAAGAACUGCGGCAUGGUGUGAAGCUGUGUGAGGUCUACGCUGCUGUCAUGGAUAUGGUGAAGAAGCAGAAGCCGGAGCUUUUGAGCAAAAUCACCAAGAACUUGGGGUUUGCCAUGGGCAUUGAGUUCCGAGAGGGUUCCCUUGUGAUUAACAGCAAGAACCAGUAUCGGCUCAAGAAAGGGAUGGUUUUCAGCCUGAAUGUGGGGCUGUCAGAUCUUAACAACAAAGAGGGGAAGAAACCAGAAGAGAAGACUUACGCACUCUUUAUUGGAGAUACGGUGUUGGUGGAAGAGGACGGUCCAGCUACCCUCCUGACAUCCGUCAAGAAGAAGGUCAAGAACGUCUCCAUUUUGCUCAAGAAAGAUGAUGAAGAUGAAGAGGAGGAAGAAAAGAAUGAGGCAGUAGACAUGCUUGGGCGUAGCUCUCGAACAGCUUUGCUAACAGAAAGGACUCGGAAUGAGAUGACGGCUGAGGAGAAGCGACGGGCGCACCAAAAGGAAUUAGCCACACAGCUCAAUGAAGAAGCCCGACGGCGACUGACAGAGCAGAAGGGAGAGCAGCAGAUCCAGAAGGCACGUAAGUCAAAUGUCUCCUACAAGAACCCAUCCCUGAUGCCAAAGGAGCCGCACAUCCGGGAGAUGAAGAUUUACAUCGACAAGAAAUACGAGACCGUCAUCAUGCCUGUCUUUGGCAUUGCCACGCCUUUCCACAUUGCCACCAUCAAGAACAUCAGUAUGUCUGUGGAAGGCGACUACACUUACCUGAGAAUCAACUUCUAUUGCCCAGGGAGUGCCCUGGGUCGUAACGAGGGCAAUAUUUUCCCCAACCCUGAAGCCACCUUUGUGAAAGAAAUAACGUAUCGGGCUUCAAAUAUAAAAACGCCUGGGGAACAGACUGUUCCAGCUCUCAACCUUCAGAAUGCCUUCCGCAUCAUUAAGGAGGUGCAGAAGCGCUAUAAAACACGAGAGGCCGAAGAGAAAGAGAAGGAGGGGAUCGUCAAACAAGACUCCUUGGUGAUCAACCUAAAUCGCAGCAAUCCCAAGCUGAAGGACCUUUACAUCCGCCCCAACAUUGCCCAGAAAAGGAUGCAAGGAUCUCUGGAGGCCCAUGUCAAUGGUUUCCGCUUUACCUCUGUGCGGGGGGACAAGGUGGACAUUCUGUACAACAACAUCAAACAUGCCGUGUUCCAGCCUUGUGAUGGAGAGAUGAUCAUCGUUCUCCACUUUCACCUGAAGAAUGCCAUCAUGUUCGGCAAGAAGCGCCAUACAGAUGUGCAAUUCUACACAGAGGUGGGCGAGAUCACCACAGACCUGGGCAAGCAUCAGCAUAUGCACGAUCGGGACGAUCUCUACGCUGAGCAGAUGGAGCGGGAAAUGAGACACAAACUGAAAACGGCUUUCAAGAAUUUCAUUGAGAAAGUGGAAUCCCUGACCAAGGAAGAACUGGAAUUCGAGGUGCCCUUCCGAGACCUGGGAUUCAACGGCGCCCCCUACAGAAGCACCUGCCUGCUCCAGCCAACCAGCAGUGCCCUGGUGAAUUGUACAGAGUGGCCGCCAUUUGUGGUGACGUUGGAUGAGGUGGAGUUAAUUCACUUUGAGCGUGUGCAGUUCCACCUGAAGAACUUCGACAUGGUCAUCGUCUACAAAGAUUACAGCAAGAAGGUCACCAUGAUCAAUGCCAUCCCCGUGGCUUCGCUCGACCCGAUCAAGGAGUGGCUCAACUCUUGUGACAUUAAAUACACAGAAGGGGUGCAGUCCCUUAACUGGACCAAAAUCAUGAAAACCAUCGUGGAUGACCCAGAAGGCUUCUUUGAGCAAGGUGGCUGGUCCUUCCUUGAGCCUGAGGGCGAGGGAAGCGACGCCGAAGCUGGGGAGUCUGAAUCUGAGAUAGAGGACGAGACGUUUAACCCCUCUGAGGAUGAAUAUGAGGAGGAGGAGGAGGACAGCGACGAAGACUAUUCUUCUGAAGCAGAAGAAUCAGAUUGCUCCAAGGAGUCCCUGGGCAGUGAGGAAGAAAGUGGGAAGGACUGGGAUGAGCUGGAGGAAGAAGCGCGGAAAGCUGACCGGGAGAGCCGGUAUGAGGAGGAGGAGGAACGGAGCCGCACCAUCAGCCGUAAGAGGAAGAGCCAGAGUUCCAGCCAUAAUCGCAGUUCCCACAGCCGCAGCCCUGGCCGAAGCUCUGGUCCCCCCAAGAAGAAGAGGAAGUAGAUUCUGAACUCUCUAGCCUUCCUCCCCCCCCCCACAAGCCAAUCCUUAGGGGGGUUAGGGCUUUGAGGCCUCAUCCAGCAGCCAAGAUUUAUGGCAUGGGGGUGGCCGGCCCCUCCCCACCAACUUUUCAUCUUUCCCCCACUCACACACCCUCACUGUUUUCCGUUUCUCUGGGGAAAUAUAUAUGUAUAUUAUUAUUUGGGGUGGGGGAGUUCAGCUUUUUGUUUCGUUCCUUGAGCCUUUUCUGACCAUUUGUACGGACCAAUCAGCUGUGAGAGAAUUCCGGGCCCUGCUUUUUUUUGUCACCAUGGACAUGCAACUGCCGAGGAGGAUGAGAGGGGCACGGGGUGGGGGGCAGGCAGUGUUGGGCGAGGCUCAGGAAUGGGGUGUCAGCGAUGUGCUUCUCUGCACUUCCCACCUACCCUUUCGAUCACCUUCUUCUUUCCCUCCCCCCCCCCCCAAGUGGGUCUGCUGACUUUGAAUCCUCUCCCCACAGCUCCCUUCUCUCCUGGACUACCCAUAUCUUUAUUCUCAGACUGAUUGGAGCAGGGUGGGCUUGUUAGCUUGAGAUUUGCUCCCGAGUAAGAACAGGCGCUUCAGUGAAGCGAUCCCUGGUGCUGGUGGGCAAAAGAGGGUGCUCGCUUCUGUUAAGUGUCUCGAAGCAAAACCCUGUGGAGGGCAGAAGAAUUGACCUCAAAACAGUAAUGGGGAGUGGGGGAGAGGCACACGAGAAAAGGGCUCAUGCUUUUUUUUUUGGUUUUGUCAGGCCCUGUUCGUAUUUAUCUGUUUUAUCAGUCAGGUCUCCAGUGAGCAAGUGUUUUAGGAUGGGGAGGAGACAGGAGGGGUUGAAUCCAUUGCUUGCCCUCUGCCUCCCUUGUUUUCCUUCUGGGGGAAGGGUCAGCGAUUCAGGGGUGGGGGGGAGAGCUUUCUCAGAUCCUCUUUUUUUCGUAGCCGUUAGCACUCGGUAUUUUUGACUUUGGAAAAAUUGAUCAAUAAAAAUGUUUUUUUUAA